UCUAGGAGGUCGUGCCCGUGGUGGGUUCACACGCUGGUGCCGAGACAGCUGCGCCCAGGCUGCUCGUGGGAGCAGAGUCCGUUCUGUGCUCGUUUUCGGGUGAAUUUUGGAAACGUUGGAACUUUGAUGUUGCUUUCAGCUCUCGUCUGGGUCCUCUGGCCGCGUUUCGCAGAACACCAGCAGAAUGGCUGCAAACAAGAGCAAGAGCCAGAGCUCCCUGGCCCUUCACAAGGUGAUCAUGGUCGGCAGCGGAGGGGUGGGCAAGUCGGCCCUGACCUUGCAGUUCAUGUACGAUGAGUUCGUGGAGGACUAUGAACCUACCAAGGCUGACAGUUACAGGAAGAAAGUGGUCCUGGAUGGGGAGGAAGUCCAGAUAGACAUCCUGGACACGGCCGGACAGGAGGACUACGCGGCCAUUCGCGACAACUACUUCCGGAGCGGGGAGGGCUUCCUCCUUGUGUUUUCCAUCACCGAGCAUGAGUCAUUCACAGCAACUGCCGAGUUCAGGGAACAGGUCCUCCGCGUUAAGGCGGGAGAAGAGAAAGUUCCGCUGCUGCUUGCGGGGAACAAGUCCGACCUGCAGGAGCGGAGGCAGGUGCCGCUGGAGGAGGCCAGGGCCAAGGCCGAGGAGUGGGGCGCGCAGUACGUGGAGACCUCGGCCAAGACGCGGGCCAACGUGGACAAGGUGUUCUUUGACCUCAUGAGAGAGAUCAGAGCAAAGAAGAUGUCAGAAAACAAAGACAAGAACGGCAAGAAAAGCAACAAGAACAAGAAAAGUUUUAAAGAAAGAUGUUGCUUACUGUGAAGGCUGAGGUGCUGGACCAAGUCGCUCACCACUAAGGACAGAGGGCAGGUUCCUCAAGCCAAGACUCCAGUCGACCUCUUGGCCUGUUCCCUGCUCUCCCCAACCUCAUUCACACACGCUUCUGUAAAUGGGGAAAAUAUUUGUGAACUGGUGGCUGGCAGAAGAAAUAAGCCCUUGACCGUGCAAUGGGACGGCUCCUCUGUUGGGAGGUUUCAGAGUUUCCUCCCUCUUUUCCUUCCUAAAAUAAGCCACGUAUGUAGUGCUAAGGCAGGCAUUAGCCAAGUGUUAAUUAAGAAGGACUGUCCUAGCUUCUUAUUUUUUCCCCAGUUUUGUAAUAUUAGCGUCUUUCGUUUUGAAAUAAAAGUGUCUUAUUUUAUUAGGUCUUGGGAGGCAAGGGUGGGGUGAGCCUCCCCCCACCCUUGUCAGCUCAGCAGUAGUUCUCAGAAACAUCCAUUAGGUUCUAAUGACGCUGGAAAAUUCGGAGAUUUUUUUGGGUCUCUUGACCAUACCCUGUGGAUAUGAAGCAGAGCUAAAAAAAUAAAGUUGAAUGGGGCCAAACAGAUCAACACCAAGCUCAGAAAUCCUUCUCAGUAUGAAAGAAGGAAGAGUUGUGCUCUUCACAGUUAAAUAUCAGCCAAUUAUAGUCUGUGUUGGCUGCUUUUCUCCUGUGGCAUCCUGAUUUUUGUGUAGGAGCUUCUU